AUGGGCAAUCUUUUCUCAUCUCAGGCUCCUGAGCCGCCUCGGCAGCCGGGGUGGAAUUACAGGGAGCCAGCGCCCGUGUACAGGCCACCAGCAAACGAGGCUAGAGCCCCCAUCCGUGAAUAUCAUCACAGAGCGGCAAUUCUAGAUGAUGAACCUACCAUUCAAACACCUUGUGGCCCAUGCAGAGUAUUUGGCCGUAAUACUUGCUCACAGACUGGCGCCUGCCAGUUCGCAACCAGACGCCCUACUCAUCCAUCGCCGUCCGCGCAGUCUCGGAAGCCAUGUCACUUCUUUGCCAGAGGUCAUUGCAAAAAAGGAGAUGCAUGCGGCUUCUCUCAUGACGCGGCGAGUCCAAAAGAGACGGAGAGAGCUUUCGAUGAUAAUACGCCGAUCGAGGACUGGACCCGUGAGCUCGGAGGCGCCUGGGCUCAGUUUGGUGAUGGCGCAACCACCAUCAAAGUCUCUCUGCCGUCAGACUUUUCAGCCAUCCGCAUCACCAAUCUUCCAACUGGCAGCUCGAUUGCAGAUGUUUGCGGCCUGCUCUCGAAUGUGAGUUUGCCCAUAUCCGCAGACGCGGUUCGGCUCAUGACUCCUCCCGAUUUGAGCAACUGCACCGCAAUUGUCAAGGUCGAAGAUCCGAAGUUCGCCAAAGCCGCAUGCGCCAAACUAGCUACUUGUAUCACGCUCAAAAACGUCAAGGUGGCCUCCAUUCCGGUCCCGAUUCCUGCAGGUUCCAACUUUCACCAGGUCGAUUGCAGACAGGUCCACUGCUCCUGGCAUCGACCAUCUCGAACCGCUUCCCUCAAUUUCGGAAGUAAACCAAUUGCGGAUCAAGUGUUUCACAAGUUUUGCACUGGAAAAUCCAAGGUCCUUGGGUCCAAAGUCACGGCAAGCCGACCGCUGGCGCAACAACAUGGCCAGCAUGGUGUGAAAACUUGGAUGGUCAGAUUGUCAGCUUUGCCCGAGGCUGCUGAGAAAGAUACCAUCAUACAAGCCAUUCCUGAGUCGUGCAGGCCGCGUCAGAUUGAAUUGGGAGAACUGAACUACGUUACCGACAUGGAAGUAGAUUCAACGCUUAUCAUGUCAAUGUUGUAUGAGUUUGGACCCUUGGAGCGCUGGCAGGUUUCCAACAGUUCUCAAGGAAAGCGGGUGAAAGCCUAUGCCACAUUUUUCGAGGAGUCACACGCCCGAGAUGCUGCGUCCUCCCUGGACAAGAAGCCCUUGCCUUUCUGCGCUGCUAGCAAGCUGUUCGCUGAGCUCAUUACAACGGUCAAGUUCAAAGUAUCGACUAGGGUUUACGAGGUGGUUAAGGGCCAAAUCGAGCUUCAGAAGGACAGAUGGGAGCGCCAGUACAUACGAUUCUUUGCAUUUCCACCCAACGGCUUUUCUCGCAUCUUGAAGCUAGAAGGCAAGGACCGUCAGUUAGUGGCACAGGCCCAAUCGGAUCUCGAAAAGAUUGUUGAGGGUCAAGUCCUUACAAGGGAGGGCAAGAAGCUCUGGUAUGCCGACUUCAGGAUCAGCGGGUUCGAAUACAAAAGACUGAAGAAGAUCGAAACACGGUUGGGUGUGGUCAUCCUCCGCGACAUCCGCUCAUCGCAUUUUCGUGUCUUCGGCCCUGCAGAAAACUACGCCCAGGCAGCAGAGGCCUUGCACACACUCAUCCAAGAUGUCAUUAAGAAGACAUACAACUCUUUGACGGAUUGUUCGAUCUGCAUUUGCGAAGCAGAGGAUCCAAUCUGCACAUCUUGCAACCACGUCUACUGCGGCGCCUGCUUCGUCAACAUGUGCCAAGCAGAAGAAUCAAGGCCAGGCGAGUUUCGAAUCACUUGCGAAGGAGACUCUGGGAAAUGUGGAAAGGUUUUGAAUUUGUCGGAAAUUCAAAACAUACUUCUCACAGAGACACUUGAAGAGAUCUUGCAGGCAUCUUUCGCUUCGUAUGUUCGUCAGCACCCAAAAGAGUUCAAGUACUGUUCGACGCCUGAUUGCAGCCAAAUCUAUCGCGUCAUGUCCGAAACCGCCGCGUCUCCCACAACUUUCACAUGUGGAAAGUGUUUAGCAUCCAUAUGCAGGAGCUGCCACGUUUCACACGCGGGGAAAACCUGUGCCGAGCAUAAAGGAGACACAACUGGUGGCCAUGAGGCUCUCGCCAGAGUCAUGAGGGAGCUGGAGAUCAAGGAUUGUCCUGAAUGCGAUACAUUGAUCGAAAAGACAGCGGGAUGUAACCAUGUGACCUGUAAAGGGUGUGGCAUUCACAUUUGUUGGAUAUGCUUGGCAACCUUCAGAGACGGUAGCUUGUGCUAUCCGCAUAUGCGCGAGUUGCAUGGCGGAAUUGGAAUUUAG